GCAUUGGAGGGGAAAGAAGAGGACACGCCUGUGUUUGUCAAGCAGGUGUUUGUGUGUCUACAAGUGUUUGUCAUUCAUACGCUGAAACAGAAGAGCAGCAAACCCUCAAUUCUCUCAGCAGCAGCAUCUCUUACUAGCAGAAGAAACGCCAACAUGCAGACUGCAGAGGCCGUGUCAGCAACUAUAAACACUAACAGGAACUGUACGGUGGAGAUCACCAAUGUUAGCAGCGUUUACUGCCUUAUCAAUCCAAAAGUCUACAUGUCCAGUGGGUUCAGUUUCCAUCCUCCUCAACCCACCAUCCGCACCACCAGGACCGAGGUUUGCUCAUUCACAAAGGAUGACAACACUGCCACUGGGGCUGUGGGCAUCUUGACCUAUGACCUCUCCCACAUGCAGAAUCAUAUGUGCACUGAGCGCAUGGCCAUUAUGUUCUCUGUUCCCUUCGACUACCACCACUACAAGAAUGUCAUGGGCAUUGGGUUGUUUGAGAGCAGCCGUGGAUGUGACAAGGCCCUGUACAAGCACAUGUAUGAGGGAAAGGACUUCAGCCAGUUCACCCGUGUAGAUGCAGGGGGAUCUGGAAUCACCCACAGAGGAAAGAAAGUAGACUUAAGAGCGACCAUGUCUACUGUGGGCAAGGCUAUUAUUAAGCUAGAGGUGUAUGAUAAGAUGGGCUAAAUAAUAAACAAAUUCAGCUUUAACUCAGUAAUUCAAAAUUGUUUCAUAUACUUUACAUGAUCUUAUUCAUCAUAUGCAAAAUAAUAAUAAACAUGGCUUUGUGCUUUUUAAAAUGUUGAUGUCACGUUUUGAUGUCUGUAUUAAUACCUGCAUUUAUGCGGUCCAAAGAUUU